AUGCAAGCAUUAGCCGAGGUAGACGCCGCAUGGACACCGCUCAUGGAGGAUCCAUGGCCGGAGAAUCAAUUUGACGACCAAAUAGAAGGACAUGAGACCCAAAAAUCGAUCGAGGAGACAGAUACUAACACACGGUCACGCCGGCAACCUUUCCGGAGGCCGCGCGCAGGGCGAGCUUGUGGGUCGUGCCAUUCUAGACGGAUAAGAUGUGAUGCCGGAAGUCACGGUCUACCAUGUACGAACUGCACCGCACAUUCAGUCAAAUGCUUCAUCCCGCCCAAGAAGAAAAAGACAACCGAGAGAGUAUCAGUCGGAGAGAUGUCACGUAAACACCGCGGCCGCUACAACCCCUCCAAACCCUGGCUGGACAUCUCCCCAUCAGUCGAUCCUCCACCUCAAGCUGAGACUCCACUCCCCUCUCAUCUAGAAAUAGAAGACAAUCUCCGCAGUCUAGAAGACAAAACGAUAUUCACAGGUCUCUACGCCGCAAUAGCAAAACAGAACGACACAAUGUGUUUCUCACGGAAAGACUCCAUCGACAUGCGUGCUGAAUGCAUACAGAAUAUCUCGCAAAGGAUAUCCUCUGAGUACAGAAUCACGGAUCGGAGAGAGCAGGAUGAGUGGGAGCCAGUACUGGCGUUUUAUGAGGAGGACGAGGAGGAAGGAUGGAUGGAUAAAGGAUCAAGGCCCACGCCGGCCCCGACCGGGAUUAAUGUUGAGGAAUGGUCUAAUAUUGUUGGGUUACGUUGA